AUGCUCCUCUUUCUGUCUGACUUUCCCGACUCCUGCGAUCGGCGGCGCAAAUGUAUGCCCAGUCUUGGAAAUCACCCCAAGGCCGAAAAAUUUCCCUCUAUCCACUCCCAAUUUCUCCCGGCCACUUCAUCGCCGUGGACUGCGCGGACUGUGGCUUCUACCUGGGAACGACGGCUUCGCCGUCUGUGUCCGCGAACAUUGUUUUCGGCUUUCACUGGUCGUUGGUCAGCUUUCUUGCGCCAAGCAAACAUCAUCAAGCAGCGCGUCCCACUGGUGAACGAGCUGCAUCUGAAUUUCAUUUUCAUACAUUACGUCUACAUCAUCUCCUGUGCGAUCAUCAGCUCCGUGAUCAUCUACCCCGGGAGCGAAAUCGCCUACGUCGACGCCCUCUUCCUCUCGGCUGGUGCCGCUACCCAGAGCGGGCUGAAUACUGUCGAUCUGAAUAAACUCCGACUGUAUCAGCAGAUCACCCUCUAUAUAAUCUGCAUGAUAUGCACUCCUAUCUUCAUCCAUAGCGCGCUGGUGUUCGUCCGGUUGUACUGGUUCGAGAAGCGGUUUCAGCACGUGGUCCGGGAUGCACGCGCGUUGCGCUCCACCCGCUCACGCAUGGAUACGACCACCCGAGAGAAAGAUACCCAGGAAAUCAAUCGCGCGGAAUGUGGAGUCGGCGGCCGGUCCAUCGUGGUGUUGCGGGACACUUCUGGAGAUGCACGGGGCUAUCGACUGCCUGACCCCGCGGGGCAAACGCACGAGCAGGAUGAUGUGCCCUCAGAGGCCAACGCAGCUGAUAGAAAAGGACCCAAUGGCCAGCCAAGCACAGAUGAGGGGAAGCACAACCGUGACGGAGAUCGUUUUGGGAUAGGCGGCUUGAGGGUGCCCACACAGUUCGGUCCUGAACAUCACAUUGCUUUCCUCGAAAACCAGCGGAGGAGCAAAGGAGCUCUGCGCAUCCCCAGUCCUCGCGAAUACGAUCGUGGUGGAGUUCCAGAGGCUUUGGAUGAAGAGGACAAAGACAUGGCUGAGCAAGCCCAACCUCGGAGUCCUAUGCGCUCGGACAAGACCCAUUUUAUUGGCGCCCUGGAAGGGCAACAUAUUACCAUCAACGAGCCAGACAUGCCGAGGUGUCGCACGCACGGGUCCUCUUUCUCUCGCCUGGACACACAGCCUACCGUCCGUGACACCAAAGAAGCGAACGAGACGACCGGGUUGGGACCGGUAACUACAAGAAACACCUUUCGAGGGCUCUGGAGAUCUCUGACUCAAGAGAGAGAUCGUCCUACCCAGCCCUAUCUCAGUUGGAACGCUACAGUGGCCCGAAACUCCAACUUCGUUGAUCUGACGGAGGAACAACGCGACGAGCUAGGUGGCAUUGAAUACCGCGCCUUGAAAACCCUGGCCGUCGUCUUGAUCUCCUACUAUGUUGGAUUCCAUAUUCUUGCCCUGGUAUGCAUGGUUCCCUGGAUCAUGACUGUCGAACGCUGGGGCAAGAUUGUCAUCGAAGAUGGACUUGGGCGGCCCUGGUGGGGUGUCUGGACCGCUGCCUCGGGCUUCAACGAUCUGGGGUUCACCCUGACGCCAGAUUCGAUGCUUUCAUUCUCAACAGCUGUCUUUCCUUUGCUGCUCAUGACGUUCCUCAUUCUCAUCGGCAACACCGGGUUUCCUUGUAUGCUUCGGUUGAUGAUCUGGGUUCUCUCGAAGUUUGCACGGCAAGGGUCCGCCCUAUGCGAAGAGCUUAAGUUCCUCCUUGAUCACCCACGUCGGUGCUUCACCCUUCUUUUCCCUCGCAAUGCUACUUGGUGGUUGUUUGCAAUUCUCGUGGCUCUGAACGGCAUCGAUGUUAUUUUUUUCAUUGUCCUGGAUCUACACGACCCAACAGUGACGAAUCUUCCUCCUGGGGUUCGAGUCCUUGAUGGGCUAUUCCAGGCAUCCUGCACACGAACUGCUGGUUUCGGGGUUGUGAGUCUGGCGGACCUUCACCCAGCCGUCCAGGUUUCAUACUUGAUCAUGAUGUACAUCUCCGUGUACCCCGUUGCUAUCUCCAUGCGGCGCACGAACGUGUACGAGGAGAAAAGCUUAGGUGUUUACAGCCAGGGGGUUGAGGAGAAUGACGAGGAAGCUCAGACUACCCCUAGUUAUAUUGGACACCACUUGCGGCGCCAACUGAGUUUCGACUUGUGGUAUGUGUUCUUGGGUCUGUUUGUCAUCGCUAUCGCGGAAUUGGAUCGACUUCAGAUUGGCGAUGUGAACUUCCAGCUGUUCCCGGUCUUGUUCGAAAUUGUGUCUGCCUACGGCACCGUGGGCCUCUCCUUUGGCUAUCCCGGCUACAAUACGUCUUUCUCUGCGCAGUUUAACACCUUCUCCAAGUUGGUGAUCGUUUCUAUGCAGAUCCGUGGCCGCCACCGUGGCCUGCCCUACUCGCUGGAUCGUGCCGUGCUUCUACCAUCCGAUUCUCUCAACAAAAAGGAGGCCGCUGAUGCACAACAUCGCUUGCGCUGCCGUGGCUCGAAUCUCAGUGGCGGUGAAUCUAUGAGGCGCCAGCAGUCGCGCACCGUGUCGCAGUCCCGGGAUGCUGGUCUGUCGACGAGCUUGCAGCCUGCAGCAAACGGCAGUGCCGUGGUGCAGCGGUCGUCGACCAUCCGGUCCGAUCAAUAA